GAAGAAUCAGGUCUAACAAUGGUCGUCUGCGAUUCUUCCUUCAGUUUCUAAAUAUAAAACAAUUAUUCGAUUAAUUUCACUCUUUAUCGAUGAACAAUUUUAAUUUCUGUAAGCUUCCUUUCGAAUCAAAGCACUUAAUCCUGAAAUGGAAAUGAGAGGUUUCGUGAUUAUACUCGAGUUUUAUUGACCUUGAUGAAUUAAGGGAUUUCUUCCUGUAAAGAAACUGUUCUGUAUUUCUAUCAAUCCCAACAUUAAAAAAAAUGGCGUAUUCUGUUCUACGGCUUCGAAAGGUUUCAGCUUUCGGGAUUUCUCGUCUUCUUCAAGCUGAUAAGGGAAGUUUGUGGCGGUUUCACUUGGAACCUGAGUUUGGUGAGGUUUUGAGAUUAGGUUUCUUGACUAGGAGCUACAGAAAGAGCUCAGGAUCCCCAAAGUACGACUUCACUGGCACGGAAACCAAAACUUCAAAGUUCGAUUUCACUGAUCUCACCUGUCCUCAUACAUGGUAUCCAAUCGCUCGAAAGAAGAAGCGUAAAGUCGUUCUACAUGUCGGCCCGACAAACAGUGGGAAAACAUAUAAUGCCCUUAAGCAACUUGAGCAGAGCUCUUCAGGCGUAUAUUGUGGUCCGUUAAGAUUGUUGGCAUGGGAGGUAGCUAAACGUUUGAACAAAUCAAAUGUUCCAUGCGAUUUGAUCACGGGACAAGAGAAAGAGUUAGUGGAAGGUGCAAACCACAAAGCUGUGACAGUUGAAAUGGCUGAUGUUACGUCUGUCUACGAUUGUGCCAUCAUUGACGAAAUUCAGAUGGUGGGGUGUAAACAAAGGGGGUUUGCAUUUACUCGUGCUCUACUUGGAAUUGCGGCUAAUGAGCUACAUUUAUGUGGCGAUCCAGCUGUCGUGCCCCUUGUUGAAGAUAUACUGAAAGUAACUGGAGAUGAUCUCCAGGUUCUUAAAUAUGAGAGGCUUUCGCCAUUAGUCCCUUUGACGGUUCCGGUUCGCUCAGUUUCCGAUAUUAAAACUGGGGAUUGUCUUGUAACCUUUUCACGGCGAGAUAUAUAUAAGCUUAAGAAAAAAAUUGAAAAGGCAGGGAAGCAUCUUUGCUCUGUGGUUUAUGGUUCAUUGCCUCCAGAGACUCGCACAGCACAGGCAACAAGGUUUAACGACGACACCAAUGCCUUUGAUGUGCUUGUUGCCAGUGAUGCAAUAGGCAUGGGUCUUAAUCUGAAUAUCUCAAGGAUUAUCUUCUCGACCCUUGAAAAAUUUGAUGGUGUCGAGACCAGAGACCUAACAGUAUCUGAGAUUAAACAAAUUGCAGGGAGAGCUGGCAGAUUCCGGUCAAAAUUCCCUGUUGGCGAAGUAACUUGUUUGUACAAAGAGGAUCUUCCGUUGCUCCAUUCUUCUCUUAACUCUCCUUCACCUCUUAUUGAACGUGCUGGACUGUUUCCAACAUACGACCUCCUGUCUAUGUAUUCACAAGCACACCCUAAACUCGGCUUGUACGAGAUCUUGGAACAUUUCGUUGAAAACGCUAAGUUAUCUUCAAACUACUUUAUCUCCAAUGUUGAAGACAUGAUGAAAGUUGCGGCUAUUGUUGAUGAAUUACCCCUCAAAUUGCAGGAGAAGUACCUUUUCGUGGUUAGUCCAGUUGAUAUAAAUGAUGAAAUAUCAAGCAUGGGAUUUGCACAGUUUGCUCAAAAAUUCUCAAAGGGACGCAUUGUGGAGCUCCGAGAGAUAUUUGGAGCCGACAUAGUUAAGGUUCCCAAAACACCAACAGAACUCAAGGAACUUGAAUCGCUUCACAAGGUUCUGGAUUUGUACGUAUGGUUAAGCUUAAGGCUAGAGGAUUCUUUUCCGGACCGUGAAGUAGCAGCUUCGCAAAAGUCAAUCUGCAAUUCAUUGAUUGAGAAGUUCUUAGAGGGAAAUCAAUUGAUUUCUUCUACCCGAUUCUUGAAAAAUCGGAGGAGGCGACUAUGAUUCUUGAGAUUACAUUUCCAGUUUAAUUGCACAAGAUUUCUUGUUCUGCUCGUUGGUUUGGUCACUGAGGAAUAAGAACAAGACGAGUGAUUGAUUGUGCCACAACUCACAAGAUCUUACCACAACUUGAUGGUCAAAGAAGCAUUCCAAAGUUGUCAUGUAUUUUAAUAGUAUCAUUAACAGUAGAGAAGCAUUUAAUUUUAAGGUUUUCUUUUAAUCAUUUCUUUGAGGCAUGACAUGCUUUGAGAUGUAAUAAAAGCACUAUUGUCUAUCAUACACACCACAAGGUUGAAAUCAUACCA